AUGGCGAAGAUACCAAAAAACCCACGCUCUAACUGUUAUUUCGGCUGUGGAGAAGGAGGUCCACUACAUCAUUUUCCUAAACCAGAUAGCGAUAUGGAAAGAUUCGAUGUCUGGAAAGGAGUGUUAGACAAUGAUACUAUAGAAAAAGGAAAUGUAUACAUUUAUAAUCAACUUCGAUUAUGUAAUAAACACUUCGAGAAUUUCUACAAAUCACCAAGCAACAGGUUAACAAGAAAUGCAGUUCCAACUCUAUCUAUUAAAGUUGGAACAACAACCUGCACCAUUUUGGAACCAAGUUUAGAGGAAUUUGAUGAUCAAUCUUCCACAUCAAAUCAACCAAUUACAGCUACAAUUCCCUGCGACGACACCACAUCACCUGAAGUAAUAAUGGAUGACUGUUACACUAUAGACAGCAGACCUUCUAGAAAACCACUAAGAAAUUGUAAAUGGAAGAGUGCACUGACAUACAAUUAUGUUCAAAUGAAUACUUUAUCCGCUAGAAUAAAAAAACUGAGAUCUGAAUUAAGACUUUUGCAGAAGAAAAGGCUACAUUUUAAGAUGCGUCUGACAAGAGCUACAAAAGUUUCUGAAGAUUCACCAUUUCGACAAGUCACGAAAAAUUUUGAAAAGCCUGCGCAAAUACUUUUCAAUUUACAAUCGUCACAAACAUCCAAAGAUAAGUACUCAGUAGCAUAUGUCACCGUGCCAACCACAGAUUUGGGCAAGACAAUGGGUCAUGGACUAGUCAAAAAUAAGCUGGCUGCAUGUGUUAAUGUUAUACCUGAAGUUACCUCAAUAUAUAAUAAUGCAGGAGAGACAUACGAAGACAAUGAAACACUCCUUAUGAUUAAGACACGCACAUCUCAAGUGGACAGGCUAACAGAAUAUGUGAGAUCCAACCAUCCAUAUGAUGUCUGUGAAGUGAUAUCGUUGCCGAUAAACAAUGGCAACCCACCAUACUUGAAAUGGAUUGGAGACUCAGUCCCUGAAAGU